CUUGAAGAUGGCAAAAGCUCCGAGUAUCCAACAACAGAAAAAGGAGACGAUGGACAAUAUCAGAAUGAAAACUUUUGGAUAAAAUGCAUUGUCGUCUCGUCAAUUGUGUGAUGCGUCUUCUCUAUGGUUCAAUUGUCGUAUUCCCUUUCACACUGUCUGUCACAGCUUUUAGUUACAGUGAUUUUGAUGCAUUCCCUAAAAGGACCUCCAUUUACAAGACCUUCAACUCAACAACGCACGACGAGAGAAACUGGGAUGGAAAUUUUCAUUCAAUUCAUGAAAGAUUUCCCAAGAAUCUAAGUGAUGUACAUUUCCAUAGCUCAUACCAUAUGAAAGGAUUUCUCCGCUUGCUGACGACUGGUUUGAAGGAACCAAUUGAAGUGUGGUAUAAUAAAGAACAUAGGAACAGCAGAAUUGACUUCUAUAAUGGUGAUGUGAAAACGUACCAUAUUGGCAAGCUAGGUUUAACGGUGAAAAUCAUUCCCAAAUACGAUUCCAUAAAGAAGAAACAUUACGUUGGAUGUUGGAGAAAAACAACAGGAGAUAAAGGAAAAAUCAAAGCACUCACUAUUCUUCCUUCUGAUUGGCAUUGGCCUUUUAGAGGAACGCUGAAAAAAUUUGAGUAUGUUGGUGACGAGAAUGUCAAAGGUCAUCUCUGCAGAAAAUGGCAAUAUGAGCACAACGUACUGGGACGAAACAAUGUUUAUAUAUUUUGGGUGAUGAUAAGUGUUCCUCCUGUACCAGUACGCUAUCAAAUGUAUGGAUAUGACACUUUAUUAACAUCUUACUACGAUAAAUAUAUCAUUGACUAUGUCUUGUACGAGAAAUGGCCUUAUGAGAAAAGAAUAUUUGACAUACCAAAAUCUGAAGACAAUUGCGUUGCUUUAUCAAAGAAUGAAAGCAACAGUGAAGCGGGAGAUGGAUUCUUUAACCCCAUGGCAGAUUUUCUUUCGCCCUAUCAUGACGAAGAAAUUGUGGACAAAAACUUUGAAGUGUUUCAGAGAACACAUAAAAAGUAUUAUGAUCAUAAAGAGCGUCGCAGGAGAAAAUACAUCUUCAAGCACAAUUUGAGGUUCAUCAAUUCCAUAAACCGCAUGAGGCUUACAUACAAACUACAGACAAAUGCAUUCGCUGAUAUGACUAUCGACGAAUACAAUCGACAUAAAGGUGAUCUCCCUGAUUCUCCCGAGGAUCUAAAAGCGAUCAAUGGUAAAUCUGUAUUUUACAUUGACGAAAAAUACAAACCUUACAAAAAUGCACCAAACAUUCCAAAACAGCUCGACUGGAGAAAAUACGGUGCAGUAUCCAGUCCAAGAGGUCAGGGGACUUGCGGAUGUUGCUGGGCGUUUGCUGCCAUAGGAGCCAUCGAGAGUGCUAACUUUAUCAAGACCGGAGAAAUGGUUCGACUUUCUGAACAGCAAAUGGUCGACUGUACUUGGAAGGUUCGCAGAGUUUGGAAUAACAGUGGUAAUCACGGUUGCCAUGGCGGUAUGGCGUGGAAAGUUUUCUUUUGGGGUAGAAGCAAUACCAUAGCAACAAGCGACAGUUAUGGCUCGUACAAAGGACAGGAAGGGUAUUGUAAGACAGACAACAUCACAGCUGGAGCAAACAUUUACGGUUUUCGUCGCGUGAAAAAGCACAGUGGAGAAAGCCUGAGACGAGCGAUCGCUUAUCAUGGGCCAGCGGCUGUUGCCAUCAAUUCUCGUCCACUAACAUUUAAGUUCUACAGUCAUGGUAUUUAUGAUGACAAACAUUGCAAUAAAUGGACUGAUCAUGCUGUACUGGUUGUCGGGUACAAUCAAGAGAAUGGCAUAAAUUAUUGGCUGGUCAAAAAUUCUUGGUCCACUAUGUGGGGCGAUGAGGGAUACGUAAAGAUCAAGGAGGAUGCAUGCGGGAUAUUACAAAAACCUGUGGUUGUGUUAAAUAAACAUGUAAGAUUGUACCCCUGGUAUAACAGGUCAAAGUGGAAAAAACACGUUGAUAAAUGGAAGAAGAAAAUGAAGACAAAGAAGAUAAGGGAGAAAAGAAUUCGAAUAAUAACUUAAAAACAGCGUCAUGAAAUAACUUCAGAAAAUUUCACAUUGCUGUUGUGUAAUGCUGGCCUAUGGAAAAACACGUUGACUUUUGGUAAAAUAUUUGAAUUCAGCCAUUUUAAUGGUCCUCCCAACAUGGCAAUGCAUGAAUUAGUCACUGGCCUUUUUCAACGUUUUGUCAAUUGGUUGGAGAGAAAAAAAUUCACUGAAAAUCGAGUUUUGAGAUACAGAAGCUCUGGUUCGCAUUUGUAAUUUUCGUGAUUUUUCGUUUCUAUUUGUUGUUGGUUGGAAAAUUUGACACGACUAUUGAUGCAGCUUUACAUGAGAUGGACAAUCUUAUCACAACAGCUUAGUUCUGUUGUAUAUUAGGGAAAAACUUAUGAAAUUAUUCUUACAUGAAGUGUUGCUAUUUUACGUGGCGAAUCAGUCAGAUCCAGACUUGUGAAAAAAUAUUUGUAAAGAAAAGAAAACGAAAGAAUUCGAUGGAAAAUGAUUCAGACGAUAAAUGGUUCUCCUCCUGGCAAUUGUGGGGGGUGUCCCUUUGGAUUAUAAAGAUUUUUGAGGAUAUUUUCUUCUUGUGUGUGAGAACGUUGGUUGUCUAAUGGUGGUGGCCAUGUUUUAUGAAACUCUUCGACCGGCACAUUCAAGAAAACGGGCGUAUAUCUUUCAUUUGACGGAAUCGGAUGACUUGGCGGAAUUGGAUGACUUGGCGGAAUUUGAUGAUUUGACUGGAGUGAUGUUGUGUGAAUUUUUGGAAAUGAAACGGUGAUGGCUUGUUGUCGAGGAAGUACGUUGCGAUCUGUUUGUGGUCGCUGUUCUUCUUCUUGUAUUCGGUUAUCUGAUUGCUCUGACAUUUGAUAUUUUGUUGUGGAAUGAGAUAUUAGGAUAAUUGCUUGGCUAUUUGAUUGUCUUGGUAGUGGCUUCACGUCUUGGCACAAACUGUGUAACUAUCUAUAUUAAAGAUCAUUAUAUACGUUUUAUAUUUAUCUCUUAAGAUUGAUGAUGAUGGGAAAAUACAGACAUCAUAUAGUUUAGUACUUGAUAGUUAUCACAAGUUCAAUUUCCUUUAUUUUAUUAUGAAAAUCCUUUUUACGCCAAUAUUA